CCGGUGCCGGCUCCGGCUCUCUGGGCCUCAAGCCUAAAGGAAGAGACACCGGAGAAGUUCCGGUACCCUUUGGGGGAGAAGAAGCUGCCAUGGAAGAGCCUGCAGCUCCCUCUGAAGCCUCUGAGGCACCUGGGGCAUCUGCGGGUGCCGAGGCAGCAGGGGAGGGUGCCUCUGGGCCUUCCCUCCGCACGCGCCCGGUCUUCCGGCAAUUUUCAGCUGCAGGUCCGGCCCCCCUCCGCACGUCACGUCUGAGGCCUGCCCAGGCUGCAGGGGGAGGGGCUGGGCUCAGUCUCCUGCGGGGCCGGAGUGGUGGCAGCUGGACGAAGCAAGUCACCUGCAGGUAUUAUCUGCAUGGGCUUUGCAAGGAGGGGGAGAACUGUCGUUACUCUCAUGACCUCUCGGGCCGGCAGGUGGCCCGGGAGGGCCCUGGUCCUGCAGACCCAGGCCCUAGCACGGCUGCGCAAGCUGAGACCCUGCCUCAGGAAGUGGCGGAAGCCCCUCCCGCUGCAUCCUCUUGCUCCUUGCCUGUGAUUGGCUUGGCUGCUGAAGGGGGUUCCUUUGAAGCUGGGAGAGACAAUGCAGGCCUUGAAGCUGCUGGAGGAGCAGGUGCGGAAGGCUGGGAGAAUGCCAUUGAGUUUGUUCCUGGGCAACCCUACCGGGGCCGCAUGUUCCCUAUUGUUCCCAGCGCUCCUCCACAGAGCUCAGUGACUGAGAGGGAACAGAUUGCAGUGGGCAGGGGGCCGCCGCUUUGCCGGGAUGCUGCAAUGGGGCAGUGCUUUCGUGGGGAGAGCUGCAUGUAUCUCCAUGGAGAGAUAUGCGAUAUGUGUGGGCGUCAGGUCUUGCACCCUCUGGAUCCUGUGCAGAGGGAAGGCCAUAUAAAGGCUUGCAUUGAAGCACACGAGGAGGAUAUGGAACUCUCGUUUGCAGUGCAGCGAAGUAUGGACAAAGUGUGUGGCAUCUGCAUGGAGGUUGUCUAUGAGAAAGCCAACCCCAGUGAUUGCCGCUUUGGCAUCCUCUCCAACUGCAACCACACCUACUGUCUUAAGUGUAUCCGCAGGUGGAGGACUGACAAACAGUUUGGCAACAGGAUCGUCAAGUCCUGUCCACAGUGCAGGGUCACCUCCAACUUUGUCAUUCCCAGUGAGUUCUGGGUGGAGGAGGAGGAAGAGAAGCAGAAACUUAUUCAGCAGUACAAGGAGGCAAUGAGCAACAAGACUUGCAGGUAUUUUGCUGAAAGCAGGGGUUUCUGCCCAUUUGGAGAGAACUGUUUUUACAAGCACGCAGACCCUGAGGGCCCGGAAGAGGAUCCUCAGAGGCAGGGUGCUGGGGAAUCCGGUGCUCACUGCAGUCAACUUUUGGAGCCUACUCAGGUGGGAGAGGGUGAGAUGCCCUUUAAAAGCGGUAAAAAAGAGCUUGUCAUGCUUCGGCUGGCCGAUCUGUUGUUUAAGUGUUUUCUUUUACUGGCAGAUGAUGAGCUUUCUCUCUCAGAGGACCAGUGGGACUUGCUUCAUUAUGAGCUGGAAAAUUUUUUUCAGUUUGAAUCUGUGGCAUUAUGCUGUGGCAUGUGGUCUGGUGUGCUAAGGCUCUGCCAUCCGCUGUUGCUUGUUUUCUGUUUGUAGUCACAUCUGUCAUUCACAGAGGCUAUAGAAGCCAUUUUUAUAAAGCAUCCAUCUCUGUUUUCUUGUCCAUCCCCAUUUCAAGGUUAUGGUGCUUUACUGUGGUGAACUGUAACAAAAAGUCCUUAAAGUUAUUGUUUGAUGCAAUGAAUAUUACUGUAGUUUAUGGUUUAUUUUGUCAUCUCUGUUUUCAACAGGAUUGACUCAGUUCUAGUCUAGUGUUUACAGAAUUUCCACACUCAUUUUGAAGUCCCUCAAGAAUAAAUGUGACAGGGUGAAGGGAGAAGUCUUAACUGAACAAGGAGCUUUUUUGCUACUACAGCCUUAAGAAAUGGACCCUCGCAGGGCCUUUGUGGUACAACUGCUCAUCUUUGUUGUUUACAUGUCUGUUCCUUCCCUCAUUCCCCUUCAAGUGCACUCUUGAACAUGUGGUUACUUUGUGGUUUUGUGUUUUACUUGACCAGAACCAGGUGUGUAUGUUUACAUGUUUUUAUCCUGUGAAGCUUGAUGUGAAAUUAUUUAUAUUUGGAAGUAUAUAUUUAAUAAUUAUGUAUAUGGAUAUAAAUGUGUAUAAAAGCUCUAUCAUUGAAAAUAUAUAUAAAAGAUACACCAUCAUAUAAUAUAGUAUCUGGAAGAGCUGGAAGCUAUGGUGAAAAGCUAAUAGGAUUUGCUGUUGUGUUGAGUGUGAGGUGUGUAAAUAAUCAUUCUGUCCUUUUUGCAGGCUCAGUGGUUAGCAUCUAAUGAAAACAGAUAUUCAAGUGGCUGUGGUCAGUUGUGGCAGACACAGAUAAAGGAUUUACAAAUUAAGACAUUGGUAAUUCCUAUGGUGGCAUUAGUAGCUCACUGUGCUAUGAUACAUACAGAAAUGUGUGUUCUCAUGCUGUUUAGCACAGUAUCAUUAUUCCUUAUAACAGCACAAUCAGUCCUGAACUCAGAUAAACAGUUCCUUGUAUUCAAUAUUUUGUAUUAUCUCUAGAAAUUAAAAAAGGGGGCUUUUGACAAAAGUUUUCAAUAUGUAAGUGACAAGAUUGUAAAAGAUAGUAGAAUAACAAAAGUAUUGAAACCAGUUGUAAUAUAAGAAUGGAAAGAUUAAAAAAGUGAAAUAUAUAAAGGGACAAAAACUAAAUACAGUAGUGAUCAUAAGAAUAGUAUAGGAAACCAGUUGUAAUAUAAGAAUGGAAAGAUUAAAAAAGUGAAAUAUAUAAAGGGAUGAAAACUUAAUACAGUAGUGAUCAUAUGAAUAUUAUAUGUGCUGCCGAAGUGAGCACGUGAUCAUAAGAAUAUUAUAACACAUUACACUAUUAGGUUAAAUGGAUUUGGCUUAAAAACUAACACUCCAAGAUUAUCAGACUUGAUUAAAAUUAAAAUUAAAUUGUAAGCUGUUUAAAAUACACAGCUACAACAUAAGAAUUCAGAAACAUUAAAAGUAAUAGGAUGAAAAAAUUAAGUAGCAGUCCUGUGACUUCUGCAAUAGAUGAAGUUGAUAUUAAGGAUAAACAAAUUGCUGGAGAUAAAGUUAGUAUAUAAACAUUAAAUUAUAAUUUACCUGGAAGAUAGAACUUUUCCAAUUUUGUAUUCAUUUAAUAACACAGGAUCAGAUAUACAAAUAAAUAAUUGAUAAGAAAAAUACAAAAUUUAGGUGUAUAGUUUUCAUGCAUUUUUUCAUUAACAGAACAAGCAAAUGAAGUAAAUUGAACAGUACAGUUCUCACAGUUUAUGUAAUGUAAAAUGUGUAAUGUUCUGUGUGGAUUAACUGCAAAAAGUUCUUCUUUUGGCUAAGAGAUGAAAAUACACCAGGUGCUUGAGUUCCAGGAGAUCCAGACUUCCUGAAUAUUCAGCAAAGACAGGGUACAUUUACAGAGUUUGUGCCAUGUACUAACACUCUCCAAAGCACAAAUUUAAUUCUCAGACCAAACUUAAGAAGUACUUGCCAUAAUUUUUCUCAUAAUUCUAAUGAGGUAAAUAAGGUAGAGAGGUUACAUUACUUUCCCAUAUGGCUAUGACCCAUAGGUUUAAAUUAGUGGAACCACAAAUGGAACUCAGUGGUAUAUUUGCAGAACACAGGCACCAUGCUUCCUCUUCCCUCACCUACAUGCCCAGGAUCACCCGGACCAGCUGAAUAUUGCUAAUGGUAACCUGUGUGCAGUCUUUAAGUAUGGAUGGUUCAGCCACACGGGACAGACAAAUUAGCUCCUAAGAGAAUUCGGGGGCUAUGGGGCUUUGUCUUUUGUCUUACAGACUCAGAAUUUCUCAGUCCCUUACUUGUAAUAUGCCUCACCCUCCCAAAUUUUACACUGCCUCUCCCUUCUUAUAGGAUUCCCGAUUUUAUUGCUAAGUAUUUCAGUGCAUUUCACUGGCAUCUUUGCCAUAUUUCUUCCAAAUUGAUUCCUCCUAUCCAAAGAAUUCACCAGUCAAGAGGCUGUAAAUGCCUCACAGUUACUUUCAUGCAGGAUGAGUGAUUCCAAACAAAAUUCAAACAUGCUGGUUACCCUUGAGGCCAGGCAUGCAGGGGAAAGAGGGCUCAGAUGAUCAAACAACCAAAGAAAAGGACCAGAUGGGUCUCUCUCAAAGACUGUACUGACACCAAAGUCUCAUGAGCUUUGAAUAGUGGCUAAGCUGCUAUUAAGGAGGGGUUUUUAAGCUGAGCUUGAAAAGCUUUGAAAACUUUGUCCUAAUCUACACUACCUAAUGUUCUGAAAUAGCAUGUUUUUAUCCAAAUAGCAUCUUGUAACAAUCAUAAUAAAUAGAACAAAAAUUGGCAGAAGAUAUAGUGGUUUUGGUGACAAUGAAUAGAAUUAGAAUCCUGACUCUGCUUCUUAACAGCCGUGAAGUCUGGAACAAGUUACUUAAAUUUUCUAUACCUCAGUUUUUUUUUUUUUUCUAAUAUGAGAAGUGGGUACAGUACCACUGUUAUGAUGAUCAGAUGUAAUCUGGACAAGGAACUUGAAACAUAGAUGGUAUUUUUAUAGUAGCAUGUGUAAAAGUAGUAUUUAUGCGUGUUUGUGACCUCAGAAGAGCUUGAGCAAGAAUUAAUACUCCAUGGAGUUUUUCUCUUUGGGAAUCUUUGGAACUUGUGUUAAAGUAACAUUAUUGCUUUAUGACUUUUUGUAGCAUGGGGGCACAUUACCUUUAUAGUCAUAAUUUCAAAAGGAUUGAAUAAUUUUUCAACAAAAGUCAUUCAGUUAAAACUAAAAAUGUGCUAUUCUUGAAAUACAGUAAGCAACAACAAAAAUAUGUAUUAUUUGUGAUUUAUGUGUCUACAUGAGGAAAAUAAAUAAAAUAAUGU